AUGCGUUUCGCUACUGGUAUCCUCACGGCCUGCGCCCUCCUUGGCUCCGUCAACGCCGGCACCCAGGCCCCUCGUACGGGCAAGACCCUCAAUUCUGAGCCCAGCGGAGGUUCCGGCGCCGUCAAGGCUGCGUACAACGGCGCAUCCGGCGCCGCCAAGUCUGUGUACAACAGCGGUUCCGGCGUCAUCAAGGCGACCGAGCCUGCUCCGAAACCUGCCGCGCCCGCCGCCACCAAGGAAGAAAUCAACGGAUGGAUCAAGGACGCCAUGGCCGAGGCCAACGCCAUCGAGCAGGAAGCCAAGCAACGCGCGAUCGCCGAGCAAAAGGAGGCUGAGCGUGCCGCCCUCGAGGCAAAGAAGGCCGCCGAGGCCGAGGAGGCCGAGUACCAGGAGCGCAAGGCCGCCGAGGAUGCCGCCGAGGACGCCGCCGAGGUCCAGAAGGCCGCCGACCAGCUCGCCGAGAAGAAGCGCCUCCAGAAGAUCAACAAGCAGCAGGAGAAGGACGUCACCUCCUGGGUUAAGAAAGCCCUCGCCGACUCCCGCAAGAAGGAAAAGGAGGAGGAGCGCAAGAUCCUUGAGGAGUCGCAGCGCCUGGACCGCCUCUAUCUCGAGCGCAAGCAGCGCGAGUCUGACGAGGCCGCCGCCAAGCAGGCUGAGCGCGAAGCCGAGGACGAGCGCGAGUACAAGUGGCAGAAGGAGCGCGAGGAAAGGGACCGCAAGGAGGCCAAGGCUCAGGACGCCGACGAUGUCAACGCUGGCGUCAACCGCUACGUCAACUUUCCUCAGCCCGUGCCUGCUUACCAGCCCGGUCCGGUCGCGCCCGUCUACCACCCGGCCCAGCCGGUCCAGCCGGUUCAGCCGGCCUACGUGCCCCAGCCCGCUCCGGCCCCCGUCAUGGCCACCCCUCAGAUUGUCCCCGUUGGUGUUCGCAGGGUCGGCGUGCCCUUUGGAUAUCCCAUCAGGAACGUCCGCCGUGGCCUCAGCCCUGAAAACGAGGAGGACGAGGCGAAGGGUGAGGCCUUGAAAACACCAAGCCCCAAAUACGUCUCCAAGCCUGUCAAGAAGAUGAUCUCGUUCAAGAACUCCACUGCCAAGCCUGUCUCGACAGCCAAGCCAACCGAGACGAAGGAUGCCAAGGCCGAGAUCCAGAAGGAGACUGUUGAGCAAAUCACCCGCUUGAUCAAGGCCAACUUCUAG